ACACGAGGGCCGCUGGUACAAGAGCGUGGGUGGGCGCGGGCGCACGAGCCACUUCACUUGUGCUCUCUGUUCGGAAAGAAGCCCGGCCGGGUCGGAAGGGGAGCAGUUCUCGCCUUCUCGGGGAGGUCGCCAGCGGUAACGGAAAAACCCUCGUCCCCUCCCCCCCUCCUCUCACCCGGUCCCUGCUGGUCGAAAUCUAGGGUUUUGGCGGGGUUUGGAUCGCCUGUUCUUUGACCGGAGGUUGUUCGUGCCGGUGCCGCGCGGACUUAAGGAGGGUUUCUGCGGUCAGUCCUGCUGCGCCCUCGUGUGGUCUGUUCUACGUACGUUUCUUUGUUUUUUUUUCUUCUUCUUGUUUUAAGAUCGCUGCAUUCUGGUCUCCGUUUACAGGGUGGUGUCUUUGUGGAUGGAUUCUGUUUGCGUUGGGUUUUUUUUUCCUGUAUUUGUUUCGGUUGUUUUCCAUCAAACAGGUCGAGUCUUUUCCUUUGGUUAAUUGAUGGUAUGCCUCCGUGGCGCGCAUGUGACAACUUUUGGGGGUUUUUCUUCUGUUGAUUCUAUUUGUGACUUCUCCGAUUUUCAUCUCUUUUUUUUGGGUACGUGGAGGGUUUUGUUGCUUUCCUGCUUGCAAUGGCAAAGGUCGGACUUGUCCUCUUUCUUCGUCGUGCAUUUGUUCUUGUCACGCGCAAAACUGUUCAUUUCUCUGCAUAAAGGGCAGUUUUUGAAUAAUACUCAUUCGGUGUUUGAUAAAUGUGCAUCUCUGGAAGGUUCAUUGUUGAGGAUAUUAGUGCAGUGCCUUGUUCUGGAAUCUGGAAGGUUCGUCCAAUAAGGAUUUCAGUGCGGCGUUGUUAAUUUGGGGGUUGGGCAGAGGCUUUGCAGCUUUUGGGUCAGACGCAGUGUUCUCCAAGGCUCACUAAAUGGAGUCUCACAAUGGCGAGGCUGAUGAUUUGCCUCCACCACCCCCUUUGGCUGCUGGUGUUGAACCACUUAAAGCCGAUGAAACAAAGAUGCCAUUGAAACCUAGGAGUCUGGUCCAGAGGAAUGGCUUUGGCAGAAAGGGGCAGCAGAUAAAGCUGAUAACAAACCACUUCAAAGUUUCUCUCAUGAAGGCUGAAGAUUUUUUCUAUCAUUACUAUGUCAAUUUGAAGUAUGAAGAUGAUACACCGGUUGAUCGGAAAGGGUCGGGAAGAAAAGUGAUCGAAAAACUGCAGCAAACUUAUGCUGCUGAACUUGCAAAUAAAGAUUUUGCAUAUGAUGGUGAGAAGAGCCUGUUUACAAUUGGUGCCCUUCCUCAAGUUAAAAUGGAAUUCACUGUUGUGGAUGAAGACGUUUCAACUGGAAAGACUCCUGCAAAUGGCAGUCCAGGCAAUGAUAGUCCUCCUGGAAGUGACAGGAAAAGGGUCCGAAGGCCUUACAAUACAAAGACAUAUAAGGUUGAACUAUCUUUUGCGGCAAAAAUCCCUAUGAGUGCAAUCUCACAGGCUUUGAGGGGUCAGGAGUCAGAGCACACUCAGGAAGCAAUUCGAGUGAUUGACAUUAUUCUGAGGCAGCACUCAGCUAAGCAGGGUUGCCUAUUAGUAAGGCAAUCGUUCUUCCACAAUAAUCCUUCCAAUUUUGUUGACCUGGGUGGUGGUGUAGUGGGAUGUAGAGGGUUCCAUUCUAGUUUUCGUGCAACCCAGAGUGGACUUUCACUCAAUAUCGAUGUGUCCACCACAAUGAUAGUGAAACCUGGUCCUGUCAUUGACUUUCUGAUUGCCAAUCAGAAAGUUAAUGAUCCAAGCAUGAUUGAUUGGGCAAAGGCCAAGCGCUCACUGAAGAACUUAAGGAUAAAAACAAGUCCGGCGAACCAAGAACAGAAGAUUGUUGGUCUCAGCGACAGGCCUUGCCGUGAGCAAUUAUUCACACUGAAACAUAAAAAUGGUGAAUCUGAAGAGAUCACUGUUUUUGAUUACUUUGUAAAGAACCGUGGCAUAAAGCUGGAAUAUUCUGGUGAUCUUCCUUGUAUCAAUGUGGGAAAACCAAAGCGUCCAACUUAUUUUCCAGUUGAGUUAUGCAGUCUUCUUCCUUUGCAACGGUACACUAAAGCAUUGAGCACACUUCAAAGAUCAUCACUCGUUGAGAAAUCUAGGCAGAAACCACAAGAAAGGAUGUCUGUUUUGUCUGAUGUGCUGCAAAGAAGCAACUAUGAUGCAGAACCCAUGCUGAAGGCUUGUGGGAUUACAAUUGCUAGAAAUUUCAUAGAAGUUGAUGGUAGGGUACUGCAGCCCCCUAAGCUUAAAGCUGGGAACGGAGAAGACAUUUUUACGCGCAAUGGCAGAUGGAAUUUCAAUAAUAAGAAGCUCAUUAGAGCUAGCAGUGUCGAGAAAUGGGCAGUAGUAAACUUUUCUGCACGAUGCAAUGUCCGGGAUCUUGUCCGUGAUCUCAUCAAGUGUGGAGGCAUGAAGGGCAUUAUGGUUGAUGCACCAUUUGCUGUAUUUGAUGAGAAUCCUUCAAUGAGACGGUCACCUGCUGUAAGAAGGGUUGAAGACAUGUUUGAACAAGUGAAAACUAAGCUUCCUGGAGCACCCAAGUUUCUUUUGUGUGUUCUAGCGGAAAGAAAGAAUUCCGAUAUUUAUGGGCCUUGGAAGAAGAAAUGCCUUGCUGAAUUUGGGAUCGUUACACAGUGUGUGGCACCAACUAGAGUCAAUGAUCAGUAUCUUACAAAUGUCUUGUUAAAGAUUAACGCAAAGUUGGGUGGCUUGAAUUCGUUGCUCCAAAUUGAAACAUCCCCAGCAAUUCCUCUCGUAUCCAAGGUCCCAACUAUAAUCUUGGGUAUGGACGUAUCACACGGAUCUCCUGGACAUUCUGAUAUACCGUCUGUUGCUGCUGUUGUUAGUUCUCGUGAAUGGCCUCUUAUCUCAAAAUACAGAGCAUCUGUCCGCACCCAAUCACCAAAAAUGGAAAUGAUUGACUCGUUGUUUAAGCCACGGGAAACUGAUGACGAUGGUCUGAUUCGGGAGUGUCUGAUUGACUUCUACACCAGUUCAGGGAAGAGAAAGCCCGACCAAGUCAUCAUCUUCAGGGACGGUGUUAGUGAAAGUCAGUUUAAUCAGGUGCUGAACAUUGAGUUGCAACAAAUCAUUGAGGCUUGCAAAUUUCUUGAUGAGAAAUGGAAUCCCAAGUUCACAUUGAUCAUUGCCCAGAAGAAUCACCACACUAAAUUUUUCAUUCCUGGAAAGCCAGAUAAUGUUCCAGCUGGCACUGUUGUUGACAACAAAGUCUGUCAUCCAAGGAACUUCGAUUUCUACAUGUGUUCACAUGCUGGAAUGAUUGGAACUACCAGGCCAACUCACUAUCACAUCCUGCAUGACGAGAUAGGCUUCAAUCCUGAUGACCUGCAGGAGCUGGUGCACUCGCUCUCUUAUGUGUACCAAAGGAGCACAACAGCCAUAUCAGUUGUUGCUCCCAUCUGCUACGCCCACCUUGCAGCCGCCCAGGUUGGGCAGUUCAUAAAGUUCGACGAGAUGUCGGAGACUUCAUCUAGCCAUGGGGGGCAUACCUCGGCGGGCAGCGUCCCUGUACAGGAGCUGCCCCGUCUGCAUGAGAAAGUGAGGAGCUCCAUGUUCUUCUGCUGAGCAGCAGGGAAUGUGUCCCUUGGUUUUACCUUUUUGGGUGUAUGGUCGGGGGUUCUGAACCCAUGAACUUGUUGCCUCACUUGGUUCCAGCCUCAGGAAGAACUUUGUAGGAUGCUGAAUGGUAGGAUUUUUAAGCAUCGUUGCAGUUGUGCUGGGUGGCACGCUGCAACCAUUUUGGCUAGCUUGUUGCAGCACUUGGUGCCUUCCUGAGAGGAAGUAGACUUGGAACCUGGUAGCACGUCCUUAAACCAUCCUUUUAAGCGUUGCUGGUUCGGCCUCUGA